AUGACGGCCGACGGCCACUCGUACGAGCGGUCGGCCAUCGCCCGCUGGCUGCGCGACCACGACACGAGCCCCAUCACAAACUGCCUACUGCCGUCGACCGUCCUCACGCCCAACUACGCGCUCAAGCGAGCAAUCACCGAGUCUCAAUCUCACAGAGCUUCACUCAGCGCACCUGAGCUACCCGACGUGCCUCAAUAUCACCAACCUUGCAUGGGUUACUUUGUGUAUCACGUGGCCGCGUCGACGUCGCUCUUUACACCACCGUCGUUUGGCGCUCGCUUCGCGCCCACUUGCCACGUCCUUGCCGCCAACGAGCUUGUUGUCAUCACGCAGUGCGUCGAAGACCUCGACACGGGCAACAUCUUCUUGCAGCUCGCCGCUGCAAACGAAGAUCGUCUGCAGCACCUCUUCCUCCGCGAGACUGCGAAUGUGCGCCGCGUUCCCGUGCGCCACGAGCAAGAUUUGUACGAGGCCACCCAGUACACGCGGCUGUACUUUCGCCCGUCGACCAGUGAUGACGCUGUCAACACACAGGACGCUGUGUACGAAGGCGACGUGAUCUCGACGGACCUCCACGUCGUCGACCCCAUUACGCAGCGCAGCUACGUCCGGCUCGAAGGAUCCAACACGUGGCUGCUCACCGCGUCGCUGCAUCGGGUGACGCUUAGUACCGAGAAGCUCCUCUUUCGAGCACCGUACGAGGUGUCUCUGUUUCCUAACGCGGAAGCGCGCAUCACGAACGAGCGUCCGCUGGUGACGCUACCGAUCGGUGCGCUCGUCACUGCGUCACGCAGCCUUCCCGUCACCGAUGGGUACGUGGUGCAAGCGACGUAUGACGGCAUCACCGGGUGGGCAACCUUCGACGAAGAGGACCGCCUCUGGUCCAGCCCGCCGCGCCUCGCCGAGGGACCACCGGGGCGGCAAAUUCCUGUCGCGAUCGUGCAAGGGCGGUGGCACGUCGUCGUCAUGAACAACGUCCUCGACGACGGGUCCAUUGACCAAGAGUUCCACGGGUCGUUGCCGGCAACGCUGGUCGAGCGGCUCAUGGAGUGCAAGCGCCAAGGCCGGCUCAUCACACACGCUGCGAUUGGGCCGUCGGGCGAGUGGUACCUCAGCACCGAGACGCGGGAUCGCACAUAUGCAAAAGCGUACUGCAGCACCGAUGCCCCCGCGGUUCUCCAAAGCCGCCUGCCGCCGUAUGCGACGGUCGCGUUUGGACCUGACAGGAAAAUGCUCGCUCGGUUCGGAGACGCGGUGCUCUACGCUGGCGUUGCCGCUGCGAUGGCGACGCGGCUUGCAAGCGUCAAGACGCUCGAGGCGCUUGGUUUUUGCAGCAACGGCAGUCUCUUCUUCAAGAGCUCCGAAAGCCUCUAUUGCAGUGACGGUAUCGCCGCUGGGUUCCGAGAUGACGUGCUCUCGGCCUCGCCGGAACACGGCCGCGGCGCCUUGUGCUCGGUGUCGGUGACGAGCCGGAAUCGGUUUGUUGCGAUCCACGAGCACAAGUUUCGCGUCGGUGGCAGUGUUCCGGCGACAAUGCGCGCGCACUUGGCAGCGUUCUACGCGCGUCAUGUGCGUGUUCGGAACGAGCGGCGAGAGCUCGUCCGCCACCUCGUCGACGGUGUUGGACCCGGCAUGAGCGACAAUUCGCAAAUGGGCCUGUGGUGAGUUGCC